GCCAGUACUUGAGUGUGAUUCAUUCAGGGAGGAGGACGAUACGUUCGAGUGCAUCUGCUGCGUUUCUUCCUCUCCACAUGCUCCACCGUGCGCACGUAGCAAGGAGAAGAACAGUUUUCAUCUCUGCGCACAGUCACACCGCAAAACUUCCCCGGCUGUAUGGACACAUAACCAACUGCAACGUCUGCCGUCGUGGGUUUUCACCAGCACAUUUGUUCACUUUCAUCUCCAGCUUCAACAUAUCUGAAGUGGCUGCCUCACCGGGUCGGACCGGAGACCACCCGGUCUCUGAUCUGGUCUCCGGAGUCGGUGGAGACUCGACGCGCUCCAUCGGGGCCAGGCUUUGCGCCUCCCGGAUCAGACCGGAGCCGCCGCGCGCUCUCGAGAUGGACGUGGUAGAAAGGGAGGUGAUGAACAAGAUGGAGAACAUGUCAUCCGUGUACGACUUCGACCCCAUCACCGGCAACAUCCCCGCCACCAAGGUGGAAGUCACAGUCUCCUGCAGAAAUCUUCUGGAUAAAGACACAUUUUCCAAGUCAGAUCCAUUGUGUGUCCUCUAUACCCAAGGUGUGGAAACCAAACAGUGGAGAGAGUUUGGCAGAACCGAAGUGAUCGACAAUACCCUCAACCCCGAUUUUGUUCGGAAGUACAUCUUGGACUACUUUUUUGAAGAAAAGCAGAACCUUCGCUUUGACUUGUAUGAUGUUGACUCCAAAAGUCCAGACUUGUCCAAACAUCCUGCAGAAUUCAACGACUUUUUGGGUCAGAUGUUCUGUACUCUCGGGGAGAUAGUUGGAUCGCCAGCCAGUCGACUGGAAAAAUCUCUUGGAGGGAUCCCAGGGAAGAAAUGCGGCACCAUCAUCCUGUCUGCAGAGGAGCUGAGUAACUGCAGAGAUAGCGCCACUAUGCAGUUCUGUGCCAACAAGUUAGACAAGAAGGACUUCUUUGGGAAAUCAGAUCCGUUUAUGGUUUUCUACAGAAGCAAUGAAGAUGGAACCUUUACGAUCUGCCAUAAAACAGAGGUGGUGAAGAACACGUUAAACCCGGUGUGGCAGCCAUUUACUAUUCCUGUCCGAGCACUCUGCAAUGGCGACUACGACAGAACAAUCAAAGUGGAGGUGUAUGAUUGGGACAGAGACGGCGGCCACGACUUCAUCGGGGACUUCACCACCAGCUACCGAGAGUUAGCUCGAGGGCAGAGUCAGUUCAAUGUGUACGAGGUUAUAAAUACCAAGAAGAAAAUGAAGAAAAAGAAAUAUGUCAACUCUGGAACUGUCACCCUGCUCUCAUUCUCUGUGGAGUCAGAGUUCACGUUCUUGGAUUACAUCAAAGGAGGGACGCAGAUCAAUUUCACCGUGGCUAUCGAUUUCACAGCAUCUAACGGUAACCCCUCUCAGUCCACCUCACUCCACUACAUGAACCCCUACCAGCUGAACGCCUAUGCCAUGGCACUGAAGGCUGUUGGGGAGAUCAUUCAGGAUUAUGACAGUGAUAAGAUGUUUCCCGCUCUCGGCUUCGGAGCCAAACUCCCCCCCGAUGGACGAGUGUCACACGAGUUUCCUCUGAAUGGAAACAUGGAGAAUCCUUACUGCAAUGGUAUAGAGGGCAUCUUGGAAGCCUACCACCAGAGCCUGAAGACGGUACAACUAUAUGGGCCGACCAACUUUGCGCCAGUGGUGAACCAUGUUGCAAGGUACGCGGCGUCAGUGCAAGACGGCUCCCAGUACUUUGUGCUCCUCAUCAUCACAGACGGAGUCAUAUCUGACAUGGCCCAGACCAAAGAGGCCAUUGUUAAUGGUGCGAAGCUUCCAAUGUCCAUCAUCAUCGUCGGCGUGGGGCAGGCUGAAUUUGACGCUAUGGUGGAGUUGGAUGGUGAUGACAUUCGGGUCUCUUCCCGGGGGAAACUUGCUGAGAGAGACAUUGUCCAGUUUGUUCCCUUCAGAGAUUAUAUGGACCGGACAGGUAACCACGUGUUAAGCAUGGCCCGGCUGGCGAAAGAUGUGCUAGCAGAGAUCCCCGACCAGUUCAUUUCCUACAUGAAGAGCCGAGGGGUUAAACCGAACCCGGCGCCGCCGCCCUACACACCUCACGGACUUACGCACCACCACCACACGCACAUCUGACCGGAUGACAUUUUCAUUGGUGAAGCAGCUUUUUCUCGAAGAGAGGAUGCAAACGUUCCAGGACUCGUUGGCAAAAAGCCCUUUUUUAGAAUAAGAACUGCGGCGUAGACUGUUUGGCGUCUAAAUUGACAGCAGGUGGAUUGAACAACAGCAACAAAAAAAAAAAAGAGAUCAUGUUGUGGUUGAAACUUGUGCCUGUCUGUGCUCGUUUCUGACAUUGUUUCAGGACACGUGAACUUUGACCUGAAGCACUACUUCUCAGUUUUUGAUGUGGCCUAAUCCGGUAAGAUUUUCAGGCACCUUUUUCUUGUCUGGAAUUAGUUUUUAUAUUUGGAGAUGAUCUCCUUUACUUUACGAAGCAUCAGGACUGAUUAAGGAAAAAUACUGGUGUGCAGUUUACAAUUUGAUUUCUUUAAACAUCAAUCAGGUAUUUCACACCCUCAGACCUUGACCUUCUCUAAUCGAGGAAAACUUUGGAAAGAGUACAAGAUCCCCCUUUUUUUAUUACAUUCUACUGUCAAACACUGAAUAAUGUUUGACAGUAGAAUGUGGCGUGCAUAGUUGAAAAAGCAAAACCUAUUUUUAUUUCAUCUGCAUACAAGCAGCAGAUGGCUUCUAUGGGUAGCUGCAGGUUAAUCCUUGCGGAUCUAUUUCAUUACAAAUAGCGGAAUUUAUUCAAAGAGAUAUGAAGCGUAUUUAUUGCUAGAUUAUUUUUUACAAGCAUCAUCAUUAUUCUCUUCCCGCACCAUUUUUGUUUUCUGACAGCGCUGUACUGAUCAUCGUAUUUGCUCGUUGGCAUGUCACAAUCUUUCAAAGAUAAUCACACUAUUUGUUUUUUUAUCAUUUGGUUUCAAACUCUUCUUUUUGGGGGGGGGGGGUGUAGAAAGAAUGUGUUGGUAAAGGCAGAUCAUUCCUGUGCUACUGGGCCAGUAUUGUGCUACUUUUUUUUUUAAUUUAGACACCUUGCUUUAUUGCUGGAUGCAGAGUUGCAAAGGGGCGGAAAUUUAUGAUGGAACUUCUAAAGUCGGCCAUUCCAUUCCACUGGUAGAUCUCUGGCUUGUUCAUAUCUUGGGAAAUUAUGAAAACGGAACGUAACGGUCACAGGGUCAAAACGACACCGUGGGUUAUUAUGCAGUUUGUAGUCCGGUGUAUUUGUUUUCGCAGUUGUUUUCUUAUUUUUAUUGAACUAAGCGCCUGGUCAGAGACAUAUGCGGCGCAGAUCAUUGCUAGGCUACUUCUAUCGCAGUACAUUCCAUUUCCGGUUCCUCUUUGACAUCAUUGGCAUCGGUCUGUGAUGAUCUCAUGAAAAAAAAAAAAACAAGCCAAAGAAAAAGCUGAACACGUUUUUGUAGGACCUUCAGAUGCAAGUGUAAAAAGAUAUGACCAAGUCGUAUGAGAUUCGUUAAAGUCCUGUGUGAUGUCAUGCGUCAUGAAGUUUUUGUGCAAUUUACUAGCUGUUUUGAUUUUCCUGUCUUGAACUCGGCAUUGUUUGACUUUAAGGGCCAAUAGAAUUUAGAGGUUCCAUUCUAUUUCCGAAAUUUCUCCAUGGGAUGUUUGGCUGGGGGAUUAUUGAAAGUUACAUUUCAAGGAUGUGGCUUUUUUUCUUUUUAAUUAGAUUUUUUACAUUAAAAAUUAUAAGAUAAGAUAACCUUUAUUUGUCCCACACUGGGGAAAUUUACAGUCUACAGCAGCAA